AAAUCAGAAAAGGACUAAUUCAUUUCUGUUGUCAGAGUAAAUUAUAAUGCUUGCAAAUGACAGGAGAGAUUAUAAAAGUUACUUCCCUUUACUACUAUAUUCUAAACUUCCGCGUAUCAAAGUUCAUUUUAAAACUAGUAAACAGGAAGGAAAAGACUAGUUAGAAUUGAAAAUUAUUUCAUUACUAUUUUUGUUUGUGGUUACGAAAGAUGUGUAUCGUAGAUGAUUUAAAAGAAGAGGAUAAUAUGCGCUCAUUUACAAAUUAAAACAUUAUCGUGCAAAUUCAGUUUGACUUAAGAUAGACUAUGGAAGUACCAGGAGAGCUAGCUGGCCCCUCUGAUAAAGAUUUGAACUAUUUCUGCAUUCCAUGCGGCAUAGAUGGUUUUAAGGAACCAGCAUAUGGGUAUUGUCAAAACUGCGAGGAACAUCUUUGUGAAAGUUGUUAUAAUCAUCACAGGAAGCAAAGACCGUCAAGAAAACAUGUUUUACUUGACAAGGAGAGAAUGCUACAGAGACCGAAGACCGGGAACAUAACAAAAGACCGAAUAACUGAUUUCUGCACAAAACAUGUCGACAAACCACAGGAAUUCUAUUGUAAUAAACAUAGUUCUUCUGCAUGCUCUGUUUGUGUUACCCUAGAACACAAACAUUGCAAAGUUGACUAUAUUCCAGAUGUUUCAGACAGUGUGUCUGAUGAACUAGAAAAUUUGAUGAAUCGGAUGGAGAAACUUAUUAAAAAAUGUAAUUCUAAUGUCAAAAGUGCUGGAACUGAGACAAUAAACGCCGAACAAAUGUACAAGGAAGUUGCUGAAGCUAUACAUCAAUUCAGAGAAGAAAUAAACGAAUGUUUAGACCGGAUGGAAGCCGACAUUAUGGCAGACGCUGAAACUUACGCACGGAGAGAAAAAUCUAAACAAGAAAAUGUAAAAGAGGAAAGUUUACAUAUCGCAGAGGAAUUGAAAAGUACAAUGUCAAUGCUCAAAGGCCUUAGUGACAAAAAUAAUCUCAAUCAGCUGUUUAUUGAGAUGAAAAAUGCUGAAUCUCAUGUAUUAAGGCUUUCAAGUAAUGAGCAACAAAUGGCAAGGGACAGUAAAUCAGUCGGUGAUGUAAAAUUUAUCCGAAACCAAAAUAUUUUUGAUCAGUUGAGAAAGGAAAACGUUCUCGGGACGUUGUCUACAUUGAGGAACACUUCUGCAGAUUAUGCAGCAUGUGCGAAAACAGUAAAAUCAAUUAACAUGCGAUCCUUUAUAGAUAAGGAACCAUGCAGUAUUGCAGGAAUGGUAAUGAUUUCAUCCACAAAAAUGAUCCUCGCUGAAAUCAGCAAUAGCAAAAUUAAAAUGAUUGAUGUAGACAAUGAAAAGUUAGUAUCAGAAAUAUCCGUAUCAUCAGCACCACGCGAUAUUAUAAAGAUUCCACAAAAUAAACUUGCGGUUGCCUUAGUUAAUGCAAAACAUAUCCAGAUAAUGUCUUUCAAUGACACAAGUAUGUCUUUAGAUCGUUGUUUUGAUGUUGGAAAGGAGAGUUAUUGUAUAGCUUAUUGUCAGGGCAAACUAGUAGUAGGCUGUAACUACAACCCGUUCCCGGUCCCAUUAUCCUUCUUCUCAGGACAGCUGGUUAUUCUGGAUUUAGACGGAAAUAUAAUACACGUAUUUGAUUCUCUUAAACUGUAUGGUGGACCUGAAAAAAUUACUAUCAGCCGUGAUGAGAAGUUCAUAUAUGUAUCUGAUUAUAAUAUAUUGUCACAGAUGAGCAAGUUUCUGAAAGUGGAUUGGCAAGGAAAUACUGUACAAAGAUUCCAAGAUAACGCAUAUAAAAGACCUGUAGGAAUACAGGAGCUCGAAGAUGGUACCUUGUUGGUGUGUUACAUAGAUAGCCACAAUAUUGUAAGAUUGACGAGCAACUUCAAGAAAUGUAGGAUUGAAGGAUUAGAGAACACAGAAAUACUCCAUCCACACGCUGUUACAUACAGUCAUAGUGAUAGUAAAUUAUACAUUAGUUGUUCAUCCAAAAAAGGUUUCUUUGGUCCUCGCGAUUUACUCAAGGUGUUUAGUAUUACAUGGGUGUAACAACACAUCAUUUUGCAUAUUAUAUGUAUAUAUGAAAACAGAAAGCAGGAAACACUCUACAUAUUGUACAGGAAAAUACAUUAUAUUAUAAUGCGUUUUAGUAGUUAAUCAAUUAGAUCAUCAUUUUAUUUUAUAUGCAAAUGUAAAUGAUCUUCGAUAAAUGAAUGGACGUUAAUGAAAACAUCAUAUCAUUGCCAUCGUCUACAUUAGAUAGGUAUACAUUCGUUAUCAUGCCCUUACAUUGACUUCUGUUGAUAAAAUAUGGUGAACAAGAUCAACAAGGAAAGUUCAAUGAAAGUGCAUACCUGAUAUAAUUAGCUUUAUCAAUCACCUUCAGCUUUAUUAAACACCUCAUCACUACAUAUUAAAAUAAAAUGAAGUGAAUGGAAUACAUUACCUCUGUAUACAUGUAGUUUGAAAAUAUUAAACGUGAUAAGAUUUGAAUCGAAUACAUGUUUAGAUUUUAAAGUCUCUCUUACAUUUGACUAGAAACAUGUGCAUGUGGAACUAUUUCUUAAAAAUAUAACCCUUUGCAUAUUAAUUACUGGGCGGGGCAUGAACUCGAGAGGUUCUUGAUAUUAUAAAAUAUAUCAGACUAGGCACGAAAAAAAAUGAAGGGCGUCUUAACCUUGCCUGAUACAUUUUGUAAUAUCAGGCACUAGCAUGGUAUUUUCUGUUUAUCAAUCACUUUGAAUAUUACUUGUCAUGUUAGUCAUAAUGCAAUUUUGAAUGUUAUGAUUUAUCAUUUUAUUAAUUAUUAUAUCAUUUCACGUAUAUCAGACAUUACUGCUUAUAUGACUUCAUAUAGAUAUAGUAGUUUGUUACAUAACAAAUUUAUUAUUACAAUGUAUAUAAUGUAUAUUGCACAAAAAUAAAAUAUUGUAAAUAAAUUAGCCAAACGAUUUUGUAAAUUAACAAGACCAUCAAUAGUAUCAGCUGUUCUGAUUCAAGUGUUUUUU